GCAAGCGGCAGGACGUUUCUGAUUGGCUAUAACGAGGGCUCAUAAAAGCCGCCGCUCCAAGUGUGCGGCGCUGAGUUUUCACCGACCGCUGGUCCGCCACGCCGCGUCGCUGCUUCUCUACCGAGACACGACCAGCUUUGAACCGCCAUGGCCUUCGACUGGUGGAUGACGGGCUGCCUGGUGGUGGCGGCGGCGUGGCUGCUGUGGAAGUACCUCACCUGGAGCUACAGCCACUGGCAGCGCCUGGGCGUGCCCUGUCCGCAGCCCUCCGUACCUUUUGGGAACGUCAAAGAGCUCAUGCUCGGUCGGAAGCACUUCUCAGAGGUCGCUGACGAUAUUUAUCGGCAGAUGGACGGCCAGCCCUUCUGCGGCUUCUACCGGGUACGGCAGCCGGUGCUGCUGGUGAGGGAUCCAGAGCUGGCACGGGCCGUGAUGAUCCGAGACUUUGCCGCAUUCCACGACAACAAUGUCUACAUCAACGAGGAGCUCGACCCAAUUCUGGCGAGAAACCCUUUCUUUAUGAGAGGUGAACCGUGGAGAAAACUUCGCUCGCAGCUGAGUCCGUCCUUCACGGCGAGCCGCCUGAAGCCGAUGUUCCUGCUGAUGAAGGAAGUGUGCGACGACCUGGUGCAGGUGCUGCAGAAGGAAGGGAGUAGAGGAGAGCUCGAGGCACGGGAGCUGUGCAUGCGCUACACGACCGACGUGGUGUCUUCGUGCGCCAUGGGCAUCAGGGGGGGCGCGCUCAACGACUCCAGGUCCGACAUGCUGGCCGAGCUCCGCAAGAUACUCGCCCCGGAGACGCUGAGUGCCGUCUCCUUCAGCCUGGCCACCAUCUUCCCUUUCCUGGGAGGUUUGUUCCGUCUCAGGAUUCUGCCGUUGGAGGUGCACAACUUCCUGUGUGACGUAGUCUCCCGGACUGUGGCGCGGCGGCAGCACGAGGGUAUCUACCGCAACGACUACCUGCAGAUGCUGGUCGACCUCAAGACCAAGGGCUACCUGGACGGCGCGGGCCAGGAGCUCGCCAGCAAGACAUUCUUUACGGACCUGGACAUCGCGGCGCAGGUGAUGACGUUUGUGGCUGACGGCAUCCACACUAGCUCCACAGGGAUGUCCUACCUGCUGUACGAGCUGGCGCUCCACCCAGACAUCCAACAGCGGCUGCGUCGCGAGCUGCAGGAGGCGGUGAACAAGCAUGGCGGCCAGCUCGGCUAUGACGUCAUCAACGAGGCCUCCUACCUCGACAUGGUCGUCUCAGAGUCCCUGAGACUGCACACACCGUUUGCCCCGCUGGAGAAAAUCUGCACUGCCCCAUACAAUCUGACGGCGCCCACGGGACAGACGGUGUCGAUUUCGCCUGGCACGGCAGUGGUCCUCCCCAUAAGCUCCAUACACGCCGACCCGCAGUAUUUCCCCAACCCACAUGUGUUCGACCCAGAGCGCUUCUCGCCCGACAACAAGGAUCGCACAGCCAAGCUGGCCUACAUGGCUUUCGGGGCAGGACCCCGGGCAUGCAUUGGGCAGAGGUUCGCGCUGUCGCAGGUGAAGAUGGGCGUGGCUGCCAUCGUGCUCAACACGGAGAUCCACUGCAGUGCGCGCACCCCGAAGACCAUCAGGAUCAACCCUUUGGCAGUCCUCCGGCUCUGCAAGGACGGGCUGUGGCUCAACUUCAAACCACUGCACCACUGACUCAUUCCCCACCGUUGACGACGCGUGGAAGAUGGAACGUUGCUUUCUUCUAAAUGUUACAAGGAUUUUUAUUUAACCGCAAAAAAGUUUAAAAAUCCAAUUGUUAACUAGUUUGUAAUUCAAAUACACAAUCUUAAUAAAUAAAACUCUGAUAAACCAUA